AUGGUAACCUUAGAAAAACAUUCAAAAAAUUAUCAACAAUUGGUGUCUUGCGUUAAUUAUUUUGUUGGUCAAGAAAAAAGUCUGGCUUUAUUUGAUAUGGUUAACAAAAUCGCAAAAAGUGAUGAUAAAUUAAUAUUUAAAGAAAAAAAUCUAGAUUAUGUUUUGAAAUAUUUUGAGAAAGUGGAUAAAAAACAAAGCAAGAAACCUGCUUUCAUUAUCGGAAAAACAAAAAAGGAAGAGAAAAAUGACAAGAAAAUGCAACAAUAUAUAAAUUUGGAAAACUUAGUUAGAUUGGGGUAUUUACGAUUUAUUUACAUGGGAGAAUUUUGUGAAAAUGUUGACAUAAUUUACGAAGAGGAAAUAUUAGUUUCAUUCAAAGAUUACUUGAAAAAUUUCUGUGAUAAAUAUGUAAAACAUAUUCUGACGAGUUUAAAAAGUUUGCUUCAAUUAGGAUGA